AUGGAGUCGAUCGCCGCUGGCGCCGCGGUAGGCCUGAUCGAAUGUGCUGUUUGCCAGCCGUUCGACAUGGUAAAGACCCGCCACCACCUGUCCAGCCAGGCCCGGUCCGUGGCCUCCUCGCUGCAAGCCAUCCACGCCGAGGGCGGCUUCCGUCGCUUCUACCGGGGCGUCGGCCCCGAGUUCGCCGGAAUGGUGCCAAAGAGCGCGGCCAUGUACUCCUCAUACGAUGGGGCGCGGCAGCUGCUGCUGGCACACACCUCGCUCGACGAGGUGGCCGCCUCCGUUGCCGCUGGCGCGGCAAGCGGCCCGUUCGAGGCGGCCGUGGUACAGCCCUUCCAGGUGGUCAAGGUGCGGAUGCAGACCAAAGAGUACGCGCAGAUGCUGCGCUCGGAGGGCGUGGCGGCCUUUGCGCGCACCGGCCUUGGCGCCACAGUGUGGAGGAGCUUUGGGUGCGGCGUGCUAGCAACGUGCUUCAACGCCCCGUUCGACGUCGCCAAGUCUCGCAUCCAGUCUCAGCUGCCCGCAGCAACGGCGGGCGCGACGGGAGACUCGCACCGCCGCUACCACGGCACUCUGAGCACGCUCGCCCGCAUCGCGCGCGAGGAGGGGCUCGCCGCUUGCUGGAAGGGCUUCCAAGCCAAGGCGAUCCGCAUGGGCCUGGCAGGCUUGGUCGGGCUCUCCUCGUUUGACCUCGUCAAGUGGCUGCUGGAAGCUCUGCUGUAA